AUGUCCACAAUUAACCGCCCCACUGACACAGCCCAAAAGGAGAAAGACAUCAACCAAAAACUCCAGCUUUACGGAAUCUACCAGGCCUUUUCUAACGGAAAAGCUCCCUCCAACAAGCAGAUCGAUGUUGCCCUGAACAGUGCUCUCGAGUCCAAAGCUCUGUCCUCGCCCUCGGGAAAAUUGUCCGAAGACGGCCGCAAGCUCGUUGCUGAUCUCAAGGAGGUUAUUCGGCAAGCAAAAUACUUGCUCCUGACCAAGAACGAGGGAGAUUUGCUUCAGGAGUUUGUCUGGGACACACGGCAUUUGGAUGGUGGUAGUACUAAGCUUCCGUCCGCUCCUACGGACAAGGCCACCGCCCAACAACACGGCAACGAAGCACUCGAUGGCCUCAAGACACUUGGCAGACUCGUCCUCUCCAACGGUCAAUUCCGCAAGCUUUUGAACGAUGCCACUAUUCUCAUCCGAGACAUGGCUGGCGAUGCUGCUCAGAGCGCAGCCAACCGUGUCAACCCAUCCCAGGAGCAAUUGAAUCAAAUCGAUCGACCUGCUGAGGACAACACCUGGCACGAUGUACCUGGUUGGUCCAAAGAAAACUUGAAAAACCAGGCACGUGCGGCGUAUGACAAGAACAAACCAUUCAGGAAAGAGCAGGUGCAGGAAGCGAUAAACGAGGGCCUCGAUACUGCCCAACCGCAACCAACUCAGGACACUCCAGAGGCUGGUCGUGUUGGAGUCGCUACUGUGACCGAGAAUCUCAAAAGGCAAGCUAAAGAGAACAUUCCUGAUGAGCGCCAGGAGGAUGCAAAGAAGGCAAAGAGUGCCGCCAUGCAACAUUCCAAGGACUAUUGGAAUAAGAAAAUGCCUCAAGAGCGUCGCGAUCAAACUAUCUGGCGGAUGAAGAAGAUGGUUGCAGAAAUUCAGGGCCAUUCCGAUUAUCAACAGGCAAUUGAAACACUGUUGACCCUGGCUGAAACAUACGGCGGCCAUGCCAAUAAUUUGUUUUCACAGUCCACUGGAACUGUCCAAGGUGCCCAUGAUGACAUUGGCCUGAGAAGUGCCGAAGCUAACCUCAAGACUCUCAUUGAACGUUUUGCCAACUCCACAAGCACCGACGAUUUCUUUGAUUCCCUCAAUGACGUCUACAAGGAUGCCGAGCGUGAUCCAGAGCUCAAGAAUUGGUUCAAGCGGAUUGACAAGUUUGUUCGCAAGUGCCUCCAAGAGCAGGGUUUCAUUGUUCAAGACGCGGCCAACGAGGAGUGGAACCGUCUCUACGAUCAAGGCCACUUCCUUCUCCGCGAACGCUACCGAAAUCGUAUUGACCGCAUUUUGAAUGAAAUCAAAUUCCUUGCCGAUCAAUUCGAUCAAGAUCCUCAAAACAAGACAUUCGGUCAAGCGGUCCAGAACUUCUUCCUGGAUCUCGGAAAUGACGAGAACGGCAAGCACAAGUUCAAGAAAAAUUUGGUCAAGGAUUUGACCGAGGUCAUCAUUCCCGGCAUCUUCGAAAACACUCGCUAUGUACCAAUUCCUCGUAUUGAGGUUGCCGACCCCAUGAUUGAUGCCGUCGUCGAUAACUUGGUCAUUGAGAGCGACAAUUUAUUCCCCAAUGUCCUCGAAUUUGGGAGUGACAACUAUUUCCGCAUGGGACGAAGGGGAAUCAAGAACAAGAAAGAAAACAAAGUCAUGAUCGCCGGAUCGGGCAUCCAAAUGGACUUGCGGGAUGUUGCGUACUACGUCAAGAAGAAACGAGGAUUCCCGUCAAUUACUGACAAGGGUGUCAUGGACAUUUUCCUGGGAGGAGAAGGUUUCAGCUUCAAGAUUGCCGCGCGAAAUGCUCAGCAAUCUGACCGUGCCCAUUUUGUUGCAGUGGACAAGGUGGACGUGACUCUCAAAAAUCUCAAUGUCAAGAUCAAGCAAUCUAAUCACAAACUUCUCUUCACCAUCGCGAAGCCCUUGCUUCUCAAGACGAUACGUCCGGUCAUCCAAAAGGUUUUGGAGAAACAGAUCAAGGAGAGCUUCAUGCAGGCAGAUGCUUUUUCCUACGGCAUCCACCAGGAUGUCCAACGUGGUGUUGAGGCAGCCAAGGGAGACCCAGAGAAUGCCGCCAAUAUUUACCAAUCUUAUAUCCACGCUGUCCGGAAGAAGAUGGCCGAAAAGAAGACGAUGGCCCAGGAGGUUACCUCCAAAACCAACGUUAACAUGGCAAUGACCCAGCAAGAUUCCAUAUUCAAGCACAUUUCUUUGCAAGGCGGUAUUUCGACCAAGGCAACCGAGUAUAAGGAGCUUGCAGCCAAAGGUGACAGAUGGGAAUCCCCCGUCUUUUCAAUUGGAAGUGCCAAUGAAUCGACCGAUAUUCCAAAGCUCACCCCACUCAGCCGGAAACCACACAGUACAGCCAAUGGCACAAUUCGUGGUGGCAAUCAUCCAAAUUCUGAGGGCAGUGUGGCCAACACCACCACCACGGGUCCUUCUUCGGGAUUCAGCAAUCAGGUCGACCAUGCUUUUGACACCCAGAAGGUCAACACCGCGCCAAAAGUGACCAACGCAACCGCCAACAUGUCCAAUGGAAGUACAGCAAAGACAUACUAA